AUGCAGGGGAAAGCCGACGGGAUAAAUUAUGGCGUUGGUCAUCGAGGAGGGGCAACUCGACUAGCCGUUGUUACUAGCCUACUCAAUGGACAAAAUGUUAUUCUACUUCUUAAGAGUAUAUUUUAUUCUACUUACGGCAUGGACAACUUGCGUUACGGCCGACUUCACGCUAUACUAAAAUUAUGA